AAGAAGAGAGAAGAUAAAAAAGAAAAGAAAAGAAAAGCUGCUUCUUUCUUCUCUCUGCUCGCCCUUGGCUCUUUGAAGACUUUCAAAGCGCCGAAGAUCGAGUCUUCUUGCAGAAGAAAGCAGAAUUUCCACUCUCCCAAAAUUUCUAGGGUUUCGACAAUCGAUUUCGGAAACCUCGAUCUCCAUUAUCUCCUCCCAAUUCCCUUAAAAUUUCGGAGAUUUUUUAUUUUACAUAUUUGCGGAGGAUUUUCUAGGGUUUUAGAUCGAUUCUUGGCAUCAUUUUUCGAAUUUCUUUCUUUCAUUCUUUCCUUUUGCUUUUUGGCAGCGUUCUUGAAUUUACAGGAAUUGAUUCUAAGAAGGAGAUUUCGUAGAUUCUUAUAUUCUUUUGAAGCCUUUUUGGAUUUUUAGGGUUCAAGAUCGAGUUCUUUAAGUCGAUCAGUUGAAGCUCUGAAGGGUUUUUUAGUGAGAUUUUCGAGUGCUUUCGAGGUUAGAUAUCGUAAGGCCGUCAGUGAAUUUAGAUGAAGAUUUCUACAGCUUGCGAAGAUUAAUUUGAGAUUGGAGAAGCAAAGCACUGAUCUUUUCAUGAGUAUCGGGAGCCGUCAAUUUGAUUAGGUGAAAGGUCGACGAAUCUUCGGGCAUUUCUAGACACUGCACAGAUUUCUGGGCUUUUUUUAUUCCUGUUUUUUUCUCCUCACUCCAUCAGAGGUAAAUUGGAUUCGAAGCAAUUCUCCUAAUCCUGCCAUCAGUUUCGGAUUAUCACAAGAUUACAACUACUCAUUGAUCUGUAUAUUUUAUUUAUUUUGGUUGCAUUUGCUUUCGAUGAUUGAGGAAUGAAAGGCUCUUUUUCUGUAAUUUUAUCAAACAAGGGUCCCCGCUGUAAAGUCAAAGAGAUAAGUUGGAGUGGGGACCUUGUCAAAGCUCGAUAGCCUAUUCACGGAAAGGGGGGAUUUUCUCUUAGCCUACACAUUUCAUGGCAUCAGCAGAAAUGCCUUUGUUGGGACCGCAAGCGAAGAAAAUGCCUGAGCGGCCGCCGGUCUUGAAAUCUCGGCUUCCGCCUUCGCUCCAGUCAAUACAGUCACUGCCCGUUGAUUUUAAGUUUAUUGGGUCACCGGGUUCUCAGCCUGUUGAAAAUUCUGAUGCUCCAAAUGCAGAUAAUGAUAAGAGGGUUUCUUCCAAUCUUCAUGAGAAUGAUGCGUUAGCUGGCGAGGAUAGUGUUGGCAACAUGGAUCAGGGUAAUGAUGAUUCGCCUUAUGGUAGGAAAAUCACAUCUAUUGAAGAGAGGUCCUCUGAAGGAGAUGAAGAUUCGGAUUCUGGUGCUUCAAGGUUGACUCAUGUCUCGCCAUCCAGUGCUGAUGGAAGGUGGAGUGACACUACCUCUUUUGGUCUGAAGAAGAAGCUUCGAGCUUGGUUUCAGCUUCCAAAUGGGGACUGGGUAUUGGGAAAUAUACUUUCAACUUCAGGGCAAGAUUCCAUCAUUUUACUUCCUGAAGGGAAAGUGUUAAAGGUGAAUGCUGAAAGUCUAUCAUCUGCAAAUCCUGAGAUCCUUGAUGGUGUCGACGAUCUAAUGCAGCUUAGUUAUUUAAAUGAACCAUCAGUAUUGUACAAUCUCCAAUAUAGAUAUUCUCAAGAUAUGAUCUAUACCAAAGCAGGGCCAGUGUUGGUUGCCAUCAACCCUUUUAAGAAAGUUCCUCUAUAUGGAGAUGGUUACAUUGAAGCUUACAGGCGGAAAUCUUUGGAAAAUCCACACGUGUAUGCCAUAGCAGAUACAGCCAUUCGUGAAAUGAUACGAGAUGAAGUCAAUCAGUCUAUCAUUAUAAGCGGCGAAAGUGGAGCAGGAAAAACUGAAACAGCAAAAAUUGCAAUGCAGUAUUUGGCAGCACUUGGAGGGGGUAGCGGAAUUGAAUAUGAAAUUUUGCAGACAAAUCCAAUACUGGAAGCCUUUGGCAAUGCUAAAACAUCAAGAAAUGACAAUUCUAGUCGUUUUGGUAAGCUGAUUGAAAUUCAUUUUAGUGUAACUGGAAAAAUUUCUGGUGCCAAGAUUCAAAAUCUUUCUUAUGAGCAGUCGAGAGUUGUCCAAUGUGCUGAGGGUGAACGAUCAUAUCAUAUAUUUUAUCAGCUGUGUGCUGGAGCUCCUCCUGCUCUUAGAGAGAAACUGAAUUUGAAGAGCGUAGAUGAGUAUAAAUAUUUGAAACAGAGCAGUUGCUUCUCAAUUUCUGGGGUCGAUGAUGCUGAAAGGUUUCGUGUUGUGAUGGAAGCUUUGGAUAUUGUUCAUGUCAGCAAAGAGGAUCAAGAGAAUGUAUUUGCAAUGCUUGCUGCAGUUUUGUGGAUGGGUAAUAUCUCCUUUACCGUGAUUGAUAAUGAAAACCAUGUUGAAGUAGUGGAAGAUGAAGCUGCAAACAAUGUUGCCAGAUUGAUUGGAUGCGAUGUUAGGGAGCUAAAGUUAGCUUUGUCAAUUCGCAAAAUGAGAGUUGGAAAUGAUAAUAUUGUUCAAAAGCUUACACUAUCACAGGCCAUUGACACAAGGGAUGCAUUGGCAAAAUCGCUCUAUGCUAGUUUGUUUGAGUGGCUGGUAGAACAGAUCAACAAGUCUUUGGAAGUAGGCAAGCGACGAACAGGCCGAUCCAUCAGCAUUCUUGACAUCUAUGGUUUUGAAUCAUUUGAUAAAAAUAGUUUUGAACAGUUUUGCAUAAAUUAUGCGAAUGAGAGGCUGCAGCAACAUUUUAAUCGCCAUUUAUUCAAGUUGGAACAGGAGGAAUACAUCCAAGAUGGCAUAGACUGGGCAAAAGUUGACUUUGAAGACAACCAAGAUUGCCUAAAUCUUUUUGAGAAAAAACCAUUGGGCUUGUUAUCUCUGUUGGAUGAGGAGUCUACAUUUCCAAAUGGUACCGAUUUGACAUUUGCCAACAAGCUUAAGCAGCACCUGAAUUCCAAUUCUUGCUUCAGGGGAGAAAGAGGAAGAGCUUUCUGUGUCUUCCAUUAUGCGGGGGAGGUUACAUAUGACACGAGUGGGUUUUUGGAGAAGAACAGGGACCUGUUGCACUUAGACUCUAUUCAACUUCUUUCUUCGUGCACGUGCCCACUUCCUCAGGUAUUUGCAUCGAAUAUGCUUACUCAAUCUGAGAACCAUGUGGGCCAUUUAUAUAGAUCCAGUGCAGCGGACUCUCAAAAGCUAAGUGUCGCAACAAAAUUUAAGAGUCAAUUAUUCCAAUUGAUGCAACGUCUGGAGAACACAACACCACACUUCAUACGUUGUAUCAAGCCGAACAACUUGCAACUUCCUGGCCUCUACGAGCAAGGACUUGUAUUGCAGCAGCUGCGGUGUUGUGGAGUCCUUGAGGUGGUUCGCAUAUCUAGGUCUGGCUAUCCUACAAGGAUGUCACACCAAAAGUUUGCAAGAAGGUAUGGAUUUCUUCUUCUGGAGCAUGUUGCAUCUCAAGAUCCACUCAGUGUUUCAGUUGCAAUUCUCCACCAGUUCAAUAUUUUACCAGAGCUGUAUCAAGUCGGCUAUACGAAAUUGUUCUUCCGAACUGGACAGAUUGGCGUGCUCGAAGAUACAAGAAACCGUACCCUCCAUGGCAUUUUAAGGGUUCAGAGCUGUUUCAGAGGUCACCAGGCUCGUUCUUAUCUCAGGGAGCUUAGGACAGGAAUUGCCACGCUGCAAUCAUUCGUUCGGGGUGAGAAAACGAGACGGGAGUUUGCACUCCUCGUACGGAUGUACAGAGCUGCUGUGGUUAUACAGAAGCAUAUUAAGAGCAAGGUUAUUAGGAAAGAUUUCGUAAAUGUUCGCAGGGCAUCUGUAGUGAUACAAUCUGUUAUUCGUGGCUGGCUUGUUAGAAGGUGUUCAGGAGACGUAGUUUUACUGAAUGCAACGAAGAAAAUUGAAGGGGAGAAGGGAUCUGAGACUGGUGAGGUGCUGGUGAAGUCAUCCAUUCUAGCGGAACUACAGCGGAGAGUCCUAAAAGCCGAGGCAUCAUUAAGGCAGAAAGAAGAAGAGAAUGACAUACUCCACCAAAGACUCCAACAGUAUGAGAGCCGGUGGUCGGAGUAUGAGCUGAAGAUGAAGUCCAUGGAAGAGGUGUGGCAGAAACAGAUGAGUUCCCUGCAGUCUAGUCUUUCUAUUGCCAAGAAGAGCCUUGCCCUGGAUGAUGCAGAAAGGAAAUCCGAUACGUCUGUCCACAUGAGUGAUGAGAAGGACUACAGCUGGGAUGCCAGUGGCAAUCACACCCGAAUGAACAGCCAAGAGACUAAUGGUGUGAGGUCAGGACCACGGGUGAUCGACAGGGAAAUGAGCGCAGGCCUAAGCGUUAUCAGCCGGCUGGCGCAGGAGUUUGAGCAACGAACUCAGGUGUUCAGCGACGACGCCAAGUUCUUGGUGGAGGUGAAAUCGGGCCAGGCAGAGGCGAGCUUGAAUCCAGACCAGGAGCUGAGGAGGUUGAAGCAGUUAUUCGAGGCAUGGAAGAAGGAUUACAAUUUGCGGCUACGGGAGACAAAGGUGAUUCUUCAGAAGCUGGGAAGUGAUGAUGGAAUCGCAGACAAAGUGAGAAAGAAGUGGUGGGGAAGGAGAAACAGCACAAGGAUGUAAUUAUUGUUUGCUUAUUUUUAUAUAAUAACCAUCUCUAAUUAAGUUUAUAUAUGUUGAUAGAAUGAGUUGGUUGAAGAGAAAAAUUCAUAUUCUAUUGUGGCCGCUGAAAAUCAAAUUUUUUGGUGCAUCUUGUUAUAUUACUUUCCCUUUGUAUAUUCAUCAAAUUCGUUGUUUACAGAAUGUUUAAGAAGUAUCAUGCAAUACUCAAAUUGGACAGUGGCACCCA